GGUCUCAUUGCUGCUCUCAUUGCUGGUCUCAUUGUUUCAGGAGCAGUGAUUGUUUCUACUAUAUCUCAGAGACCUCGCAGGAAGAGAGAGGAGAGCAAUGUGACCUUGCAGACUGAACCUCCAAAUGACAUGGAGGGAGGGGCUGUGACCACUCAGGAGAAUGAACCUCUGCUUGUUGUCAUCCAGAAUGGGGCUGGGGCCAUUGUAGAAUAUGGACCGGAUCACAACCAAGCAAGUCCAAGUACUUGACAGAUCAGAAAGAGAAUGCAGAGCAUGAAGGUUUGA